AUGGCGAGGGGAGGACAGUGUUUCGAGAAGCUUCGGAGGUGUGUUCGUACGGUUUUUUUCGUGGCGGCAUUGGUGGUGUCGCUACUGGUUACGUCGUUACCGGUGGUUGUGGCGGUUCUUGAUGUGGUUGUUCCUUGCGUUUUGAUUUCGAGGUUUACGUGUGUUGGAUGCUACAGUUUCAAAGAGCAUUUGAUUCGAUACUCCUUUAAGAGUUCCUUAACGGAUAUUCCUCUCGUUUCCAUUAUAAGAUCCUUCAUCAUUAUCUGUGUUUAUUCAAUUUGUGAUGGUCCUGCUCUCUCACAUGGUCCUUAUCUUGGAACAGUGACUCUGUCUUCCUUUGUUUCAAUUGUGGUCCUUUCAGUCAAAGCUUGUGUUUUCACUGUUAAUUCUCAGAUUGAAGAGGAAGCUUCGGUAUCCCUUGCAAGGAAGAUACUCCGUUUGAAAAAGUCAUGGGGAAUGCCUGUCUUAUUUCUCUCGUCAGUUGUGUUUGCCCUCGGCCAUAGCGUGGUUGCUUAUAGAACCAGCUGCAGAGCAAGGAGAAAGCUCAUGUUUCAUCGAGUUGAUCCCGAAGCUGUCCUUUCGUGCAAAAAUGUUUUCUCUAGCUAUCAGAAAGCCCCACGCUCACCUAUUCCUUCUGGAGGGAGAACCCCAAAAAGUGAUAGUGAAAUGAAGCGGAGACCCUUUGGAGCAGCUCGGGAUGAAGAAGUAUCAGUUAGAUUACUUGCAGACUCUGACAGCUUAUUCAUCACCUGCCAAGGUCUUACUCUCCACUACAAGCUAAGCCUGCCUAGGUCACCUCCUUCACUUAGCUUGUCCUCGUCAUCCUUUGUUGAAUCCAGCUCUAUUUGUUUCACUUCACCGAUGUCUGCGGGACUAUCAAAAUUUAAUAGACAAUUGCCGUACGUGUCUUCCAAAAUCCAGCGACCACUCUACAGGACAUAUAGCAAUCAAUUACACGACUCGUCUUCUUUAUAUGCUCCUCUUUUAGAUGGUCCAGUAAUGUCUCCUCUUCUUUCAGAAGAUGUCCCUGUUUUUCAUCUAGAUGAAAUUCGUGAAGGUGAUGAAACCGUUAAAUCGGAUAUCAUGUCUUUGGAUAAAAAAGCAGAGGGCAUUAGUCAAAUGGGUAUUGUUUUAAUACAUGGGUUUGGUGGAGGAGUCUUCUCUUGGCGGCACGUAAUGAAUUCUCUCGCUCGGCAGAGUAAUUGCUCGGUUGCUGCAUUUGAUAGGCCUGGUUGGGGAUUGACUUCAAGGCUGAGACGGGAGGACUGGGAGAAAUCAGAACUGCCUAAUCCUUAUAAACUUGAAAAUCAGGUUGACCUGCUCUUGUCUUUCUGUUCGGAGAUUGGAUUUUCUUCAGUUGUGCUAGUUGGUCAUGAUGAUGGAGGGCUGCUUGCUUUGAUGGCUGCACAAAGAGUUCAAAGGUCAAUGAAUUCUUUCAAUGUUACAGUGAAAGGGGUUGUAUUGGUAAAUGUUAGCUUGUCUAGGGAAGUAGUUCCUUCAUUUGCCAGAAUCCUUCUGCACACCUCACUUGGAAAGAAGCAUUUGGUUCGGCCAUUGCUAAGAACAGAAAUCACUCAAGUGAUCAAUCGGCGUUCAUGGUAUGAUGCUACCAAACUGACAACGGAUGUUUUGAGUCUUUAUAAGGCUCCACUAUUCGUAGAAGGAUGGGAUGAAGCAGUUCAUGAAAUUGGCAAAUUGUCAUCUGAAAACAUCCUUUCUGCAAAAAGUGCAGAAUCAUUGCUACACGAUGUAAAGGAUAUUUCAUUGUUGGUCAUAGCUGGUGCAGAAGAUUCACUAGUUUCUCUGAAAUCUUGUCAAACGAUGGCAUCAAAAUUUAUGAAUUCUAGACUGGUUGCAAUCUCAGGAUGUGGCCAUCUACCCCACGAAGAAUGUCCUAAAGCGUUGCUUGCAGCAGUAUUACCCUUCAUCGGUAAACUAUGCUCUGUAUAUAACUCGGAUAGUCAGUAG